AUGCUGGUCCCAACACUGAUCUCAACUCUUGUCGCCGUGCAGGCCGUGUCGAGUUCUCCUGUCCCGGCGCCAACAGGCUACAUUCCAACGGCCCAGACAUUCUGGUGGGAUGAUGUGUAUCCGCCAAUUGGCCACCUGGCGACCCUCUCCCACCACCACCUUGCAGACCGCGCGCAGUACAAGAACCUCAUCGCGUACCCGAGCGCUGGCAAAGGUGGCUACUGGGUACAAGACUAUCCUGGAAUGUUACGGCUGUCCCCGGGCCAAAUGAUGCCUCACAACGGCGGCAACCUCACAGCUGUACACCGCUAUGGCGAGGACACUGCAGUGAUGCGACUGCCCGAGGGCUUUACUGAGAACCGGAUACAGUUCCGGUUUCUUCCCCCAGUAAGCCCUGGAAAGGACAAUGUCCUCUUCAUCGUGAGCGACCAGUGCCCAGGCGCACCACACGACACAGUGGCUGCUUGUGUGGUGGCCGUGUCAGAGCCAUUCGAGGUCAAGUGCCGAGGGACGGUGCCACCGGAUCUGCAGAAGGAGGAGGGCUCGCCUACUCUGUCAGCGACCGAGGGGCAGGUGGUGAUCAGUUUCGUAAGGAGUGUAUUCAGCGCAAUGGAACUGUGGGCUUAG